UAUUAAGCGUUUUGUUGCUCUUAUUCUCUGGUCUCUGUGUUAUGGCAUCCGUUGUCUUAUUGGUGGGACUUUGUGUGGAUAACAGAAAAAUGUUGAUUCCCUGGAUGUUAGCCGUUUCGAUCACAACUACUCUCGAUUUACUCGUCUGUUGUUUCUUUAUUAAUGAUAAGGAGACGAGAUGCCGCAAUAACAACGACUUUGUAUUACUUUCGCCUAAUUUCUUAUACAAACCAAAAGACAGUCGACAACACAAUACUGUGGAAGAGGUCUCCGAAAGCACUCGAACCACAUCUCAUAUCAACUCCAAUGUCGGCCUCAAUAGCGGUGUCGUCACCGAUAAGACCAAAGGAGGCGAUAAUAUCCUAAAUUACAAACUCAUAUGUUUUAAGACCGGAGACAACAACUGUACUGACGUUAAGAAUGAUAUUUCUUCACAGAAUCGGUGUUUAACGCAAACAAAUUUACACUCAAAUAAUAGCGACAAUAAUACGGAUCCGAGAGAUAAAGUUUAUGGCCAACAGAUUUAUUCAACGAUUUAACGUUCAAAAUAAUGUCGGC